AUGGACAACUCGAUACAUUCUACCGAUGGCCCGGACACCAUCGUGCCCGGUUCCAACCCGCGACAGACGCUGCGACAGCGCUGGCAACGGGCGCGACAUGCUCUCACCACGAAGGAAGGUCUCAUCGGGGACUACGAUUAUGCGUAUCUGUUCCGACCAGAGAUUCCCUUCCUGAAGCGGCCGAUGCGCGCGCAACCGUUCUUCGCCCUCAACGACCGCAUACCCAUCUUGCUAGCCCUGCUGCUGGGCUUGCAGCAUGCCCUGGCCAUGCUGGGUGGCAUCGUAGCCCCGCCCAUUAUCAUGGCUGCGGCCGUCAACCUGACCACCGAGUACACCGAGUACCUGGUCUCGACCUCGCUGAUCGUCUGUGGCCUGCUGUCGCUCAUUCAGAUCACCCGCUUCCACAUUCACAAGACGCCGUACUAUAUCGGCACCGGUGUGCUCUCGGUGGUGGGUGUUUCCUUCUCCAUCAUCACGGUCGCCACAGGCGCCUUUACACAGAUGUAUGAGAAUGGGUUCUGCCCUGUGGACGAGGACGGCACGAAGCUGCCAUGUCCCGACGCGUACGGCGCGCUGAUUGGCACCUCUGCGGUCUGCGCGUUGAUCGAAAUCCUCAUCUCCUUCAUGCCGCCCAAGACCAUCCAGAAGAUCUUCCCGCCGAUCGUGACGGGUCCGACAGUCAUGCUGAUCGGUGUGUCGCUGGUCCAGAGCGGCUUCGAGGAGUGGGCGGGCAGCUCCGGCGACUGUAUGUCCCGUCCCUCGACCGGUAUCUACCGCUUGUGUCCUGAGGUGGGCGCGCCGCAUGCUCUGCCGUGGGGCAGCCCGGAGUUCAUCGGGCUGGGCUUCUCUGUGUUUGUGACUAUUCUCCUCUGUGAACGGUUUGGAUCCCCGAUCAUGAAGUCGUGUUCGGUCGUCCUCGGACUGCUGGUUGGGUGUAUCAUCGCUGCGGCGUGCGGAUACUUUGAUCCUGCGACUGUCAAUGAGGCGCCCGUGAUUUCGUUUAUCUGGGUCCACACAUUCAAACUACAAGUGUACGGUCCACUCGUGCUUCCACUGCUGGCAGUGUUUAUUCUGUGUGCCUGCGAGGCGAUCGGCGAUGUAACGGCGACAUGCGACGUCUCGCAGCUCGAAGUGGACGGCCCGGUGUUCGACUCGCGAAUCCAGGGGGGCAUUCUCUCCGAUGGAAUCGGCGGGCUGCUGGCCGCCCUGAUGACCAUUUCGCCCAUGACCACCUUUGCGCAGAACAAUGGAGUCAUCGCCCUGACGCGCUGCGCAAACCGGAAAGCCGGCUACUGCUGUUGCUUUUUUCUUAUUGUGGCCGGCAUCUUCUCCAAAUUUGCCGCGGCCAUCGUCGCCAUUCCUGACGCUGUGCUCGGCGGCAUGACAACUUUCCUUUUCGCCUCGGUGACGGUCAGCGGGCUGGCCAUUGUCGGCAAGGUGCCCAUGAACCGGCGCAACCGCUUCAUCCUGACUGCCGCACUGUCUCUAGGAUAUGGCGCCACGCUCGUCCCUACAUGGUUCUCAUACGUUUUCGGGUCGACGAGUAAUAAGAACCUGCAGGGGUUCCUGGAUGCGAUUGAGCUCGUCCUGGAGACGGGCUUCGCGGUGACUGCUUUUGUCUCUAUGAUCCUCAACUUGAUCAUGCCCGAGGAGAUCGAAGCCAUUAGCACCCAGGAUGUGGAUGUUGUGCCGACGAGCAGUGCCGAGCCGAGCCAGGUAGACUACUCGUCCAAGGAGGUCAAAUGA